CGCGAGACCACGCGAGACUUGCGUGACGGAAAGAAUUCAAGAUGGAGGACGCCUAGACAAUGUUUUUUCAUUUUGACGAAAAACUAGGUAGGACGUGUUAACACAAGACAAGAUGGCCACCAAACGGUCGCUCAACGAGUCUCCCAGCACCUCGGCGGGCGCGCCGCCUGCCAAGAAGUCCAUCACCAUUCCUUCUAUCGUGUUUGAGCCCGUACGACUGGACAAGAUGUCCUCACAGGAGGAACUGGACCUGAAAGUGCUGCAGUUCCAGAACAGAAAGCUAGCAGAACGUUUGGAGCAGCGCAAGGCCAUUGAAGACGAACUCAGGGAGAGGAUCGAGCGGUUAGAGAAACGCCAGCUUGCCGACGAGGCCGCGCUCGGACUGGUCAACAGAUACUGGACACUGUUGGAUGAGGACUUGCGAGUGAUGUUGCAGAGAUUUGACCACACUGGAAACAAGGAGAAACCUGUCACAGAGGAAGAGGGACAAACAGAUAGCAAAGAUGCUACUACUGAACCACCACAGGAAGGUGACCAGAUGACCAAUGAAGCGGAGGCCAAACCCCAGCUGGCGGCCGGACCGAUCGACAUGGAGGAGCAGCCCACGUCCAGUUCGUCCCGAGACCUCAGUACGCCCUCCCCCGCACCGUCCAGUGAGGGGACGGGCAUCUUCUUAUCUCAACUCACAGGCAGUGGAGAUGAUGAAGAACUAGAACAGCACCUGAAAGAGAAGGUCCAGUUUUCCCUGGAUGCCGUGGCCAAAGUGGUGAAAGCCUUUGACAGGGUCCAGGGAGAGAAGAACAAACUGGCACAGGCCAUACAGGGUGGAGAAGGUGCCCCCAGUCUGGAGGAGGAGGUGAAGGAGGAGAACAAGCGCCUCACGGCAGACAACCAGGAAGUGCAGUCUCUGGUGGCAACUCUACAGGCCAAGCACCACGCUACAACUCUCAAGUUCACGGACCUCCAGGACAAGCUGGGCGCUGCGGAGAUCAAGAUCCCGGAACUGAAGAACACGAUAGAGGACCUGCAGUACGACAAGGACAAGCUGCGGCAGAAGUGCGAGAAGCUGGGCUUCCACCUGGCCGAGCUGGUGGAGAAGAUGAAGUCUGGAGCCUUCCAUUCUGUCACCUCCUCGGGCGCCAAGGAACUACCCAAGGGACAGUUUGAGAUGAUGAAGGCGGACCUUGGUGGACAGGGAAGUCUGGACAACAACCCUCUGUUGGAGAUGUUGAAGGCAGAUCUAGAUGAGCAGAGAGAGCUGGCCAACAACAGACUGGCAGAGUUGGAGAAAUUACAGCAAGAACACCAGGUCUUAUUGAAGGAGACAGAGAAACUCAAGAUGGAUUUGAAGAAUCUGCCAGACAACGUGAUCAGUGAGACGUCAGAGUACAAGUCGCUACAGUCACAGUACUCGGUCCUGUACAACGAGAGUGUGCAGCUGAAACAGGCGCUGGACGAGGCACGCGUUCUACUGAAGACCACCAAGAACACACACCUCCGACAGAUAGAACAGAUGGAGAGUGACGAGUUGUCCUGUCAGAAGAAGCUGCGUACAGAAGUGAUCCAGUUGGAAGACUCGCUGGCGCAGGUCCGGAAGGAGUACGAGAUGCUGCGGAUAGAGUUCGAGCAGAAUCUAGCAGCCAAUGAGCAGGCAGGACCAAUCAACAGAGAGCUCCGUCAUUUAAUCACAAGUCUUCAGAAUCACAACCAGCAGCUGAAGGGGGAAGUGGCUCGCUACAAGAGAAAACUCCGAGAAGCCCAGACUGAAAUACAGAAGCUGAAGUCAGAAACUCCAGGAACGAGUCACAGUGGGGAGGCCCAGCAGAGGGAGGCUGCACCACCGGUGGAACAGCCUGCAGUGAAGAAGGAGGAGGAGGUAAAAGUGAAGGAGGAAGAGGUGAAGAAGGAAGAGCCUGAGAAGGAGAAGAAAGGUGAUGAGGGUGACAAGAAGUCGGACUCAGAAAUGAUAAAACAGCUCAAGACAGACCUGAAGAAGUCUCAAGAAAACCAGAAGGAAAUGAAGCUCCUGCUGGAUAUGUACAAGGGCGCCCCCAAGGAGCAGAGAGACAAAGUGCAGCUCAUGGCGGCCGAGAAGAAGGCCCAGGCAGAAAUCGAAGACUUGAGGCAACAGAAGCAGGAGAUGUUGAUGGCAGCUGAGAAGAAAGCUCGAGCAGAGGUGGAAGAACUGAAACAGCGCAUCAAGUCCAUGGAGGAAAAGGAGAGACAGGAGAGCAAGAAGUUGGCCGAUGAGGAAGCCUUGAAGAAAUUGAAAGCAGCGGAGGAGAAAAUGCAGGAACUCCAAAAAAGUCUCGCUGCCACAAAACAGGAGGAGGAUGCCCUGUUGUCUGAGAUGGAGGUGACAGGACAGGCGUUUGAGGACAUGCAGGAACAGAACGUGCGGCUGCUGCAACAGCUGCGGGAAAAGGACGACGCCAACUUCAAACUCAUGUCAGAGAGGAUCAAGUCCAACCAGAUCCACAAGCUUCUGCGGGAGGAGAAGGACGUUCUUGCGGACCAGGUGAUGACGUUACAGACACAGGUGGACGCCCAGAACCAGGUGGUGAGAAAACUGGAGGAGAAGGAGAGGAUCCUACAGAACACUCUGGCGACCUUGGAGAAGGAGGUCAACAUGAGGGCACAGGCCAUGGAGAUGCACAAGAGAAAGGCCGUUGAGUCGUCACAGCUGGCAAACGACCUGAAGUUCCAUCAGGACGACAUCCAGCGCCAGGCCACGCACCUAGAGGAACUCAUUAAAGAGAAGUCUGCUGCUGUAGAAAAGGAACAGUUCAAACAUAGAAGAACACAGGAGGAAUGUUCCAGCUUACGAAGAAAGCUCGACAGACAAAAGAAGUACGACUUCUUUGAGAAUGCAGAUGAGGUGCUAAUGGAGGAGAUCAAAACUUACAAGCAAAAACUUACAUGUCCAUGCUGCAACACCAGAAAAAAGGACGCCGUGCUCACCAAGUGUUUCCACGUCUUCUGCUUCGAAUGUGUCAAGACGAGAUACGACACCAGACAACGCAAAUGUCCCAAGUGUAACGCAGCUUUCGGUGUCAACGACUUCCAUAGAUUAUAUAUGUAGUGACGUUAAUACCAUUCCUAAUUACUUUCUGUUCUUAUUGUUGUAAACACAAAAGAGGUAUUUGUGUUGGUAGUCCUGAGUAAGGGCGCGGUCAUAAGUACCUCGACAGAACGUACUGCACCUGCGCGAAACCUGUAAUGUAUUGUGCAUAGCACUUCGGCAGAGCGUCUCAUAUAAGACCAUAUUUGCGUAUAUAAGGUUAACAUUUCGUCUGUAGUUUUCAAAUGUUAUGUCGGACAAGAUAUCCUCUGCAACAGCCAAAUUCUAAUGCAACGGUGACCUAACGUCCAACGAAAAACGUGAAAAUUCAUGGUUUUGCACAGGCGCAGUAUGUUCUGCCGACAUGCUGCGGUGAUAUACGUUGUGUACGCCAGGCAUUAAAUGUGGGAUCGCAGACAUUUUGAGGAUAUUUGUGCACGUGUCCUGCAAAAUGUAGCUGUCUUGUUAUGGAAAAGACUGUAUUAGAACCUUUUCAGCUGUUAGUUCUGUCAUAGUCUACUUAAAAAUUCUACCGCAUCAAAAUUGUAUCAUGACCUACAAUGAACGUGGCCGCUCCGUAACUAGAUAUACUGGUACUCAAGAUUGGAAACAUAGCUGUCAGAAUUAGAUUUCAAAACAGAAAUUAUCAUACAUAAUGCCAGUAAUGAAAGCAAUGCAGGACCAGGCUUUACUGUAAGUGUAUAAUGUAGCAAACGGUAUGCAGGACCAAGAAAAGAGGAAAAUGGCAUAUGUUGUUGACAUUAGGAAAACACUGCUGAAAUGUAUGGCAGAUUGUUUCACAGUUGAAAAUCCAUGUGUAUAAGAAGGUUCAUAGUUCCAACUGCACGUGCAUAGUGAUGCAUUAUAGGUAAUAUGUUAAAGUUGAAGGCUACGCAACACCUUCGACCAGGAUUUGUACAUGUCCAAACCAGUUUUGUGUAUGUGUCAGGGACCUUCAACAUUUACAUAUUACUCACAAAGUAUCACAUUGCACAUGCACAGUUGGAAUUGUGAACUGGCCUAUUGUACCGAACUGUAAGUUUCCAGUACAGACUGGUGCAUCUGCAGUGGUUUUUCAACAGAUUUUUAAAAAUUGUUUUUUUUUUUUAAUUUUUGAAUCCAUGCCUCAACAGUUGAGAUGUUUCCAUAUGUUGUAGAGUUUAUUUCACUGCCAUGGAAGUUGGUGGAACUUCCAUGUUUCAUGAUAUAGUACACGUACGCUGUUUGAUACAGAUACCAUGGUCUGUCAUGUGCCAGAAUCAAAAGACGUUAAUAAACCA